AUGACCGACCUACAACAAAGGCAAAAGCAGCCGACAACUAUCUAUUGUGCCAACAGUAUUGACUUUGUUGUAUUGCUAAACAGUGACUUAUCUUUCAAAAUCCUCUCCAAUCUGAAUAAUACAGCUGAUGUUGUUCGCGCUAGUUCCGUUUCUCGUUUUUGGCGCCAGUUUGUGAUUGCAAGUGGAUUCUCUAAGAGUCUUUGCUUAAGAUUGUAUCCAGAAACAUUAAGUUCUGUUAAAGCAAUUGAAGAAAACAAUGUAAUACAGUCUAUGGGAUUUGAGACUCGUGGUGGUGGUAGCGUUGGAGUGGAAAAGUUGAAGAAAAACCAUCGAAUUUAUGCGGUAUUAGCGCGAAGUUUAGCACAUUCGCUGACGAAAGAAUGCAUAUUGGAGGCUAUAUGUGAGUCUAGUAAUCGUUCUACAGCAGAAAAUAUUCAACAGACAUUGAUUCCUGCAGUUCUUUUUAAUGGGAGGUUUUCUUACUGGUCAAGUCCAGGAAAGACUAAUCCUGAGGUGCCUGAGACAUUGACGUAUAGAUUGGUAUCCAAAUUGUGUUUCAUUAGUGAGAUCCAUAUCGAACCAUUCCAAGGUUAUUAUGUUAUGUUCAUGCUAUCUUGGUGCAUAGUUAUAUAUGUGUUUUCCGAGCAUAAUUUAUAUUCAUCCAAGGCUGUGCGAUUUAGAAUGGGCCAUGUCAAGGAACCGCAACGAGAGAGAUAUCUUACAAGUGAUUAUGGCGCCGGUAAAUCCAUUGAAGAUCAUGUAGUGUGGACAUACACCUCGAAAAAGUUUCCAAUGAGACAGGAUGGCUAUUUGCAGAAGUUCAAGUUACCAGAACCUGUUCUGGCCAUUGGUGGACUUCUGCAGAUUGAAUUGUUGGGUCGCGUCCAGCUUGGAGUGAAUAAUGGUUUAUACCACUUACGUACAAUCAAGAAAGAGCUACAUGUAACUAUUGGGGAUGGAGCAACUAGGUAUUAUAAGAAGUUUGGGACUCCAUCCAUCCCCUCUGCAAUCCUCUGGAGCACUUGGGCAUAA